UGUUCUCCUUCAUUCACAGCUCUGCCGCUUUUGAUGCGGGAUAUUAGACAUCUUUUGAAACAGCAUUCAAACGUCCAUGUGUAAUUCUUUGCACAAUGGAUUAAUCUGUUUCUUCGCAAGGAACUUGUUUAAGCAAAGGCUAUGGCUUCUAGCGCCAGUAAAAUGUUGCAGCCCGGAGGAGCCUGCAACGGCACUGCUGCAGACUACCCUAACAUUGAUCAGGAAUUCUACGACUAUCAGAUGCAUAUGAAAAUGUGCAAAAAGAUUGCACAACUAACAAAGGUGAUUUACGCCCUGAACACCAAAUGCGAUGAGCACGAGUCGACGCUGCAGGCCCUGCAGGAUGCCCACCAGGAGGAGAUCCAGCGCAUCAUGGGGGAGAUGCAGGAGAAGAUCCAGCAGUACAAGAGCCGGGUGGGGGAGGAGAUGGACCUGAGACAGCGGCUGCAGGCCAUGGAGGAGGCUCUGGAGCAGCACGAGCAGCGCAAGGAAGAGGCGCUCAACGACUUCGAGACGUACCGGCGGCAGACUGAGGAGCGCGAGCUGACGACCGAGACGGAGCACGCAGAGCGCAUCAUGUCCCUGUCCAAAGAGAUGCUGGACAUGAAGAAAGACUUUGAGAACAAGCUCCAGAGCUUCUCCAAGCUGAGGAAGCAGCUAGAACAAGACAAGGAGAAGGCUGUGGCCGAGCUGGAGAGAGCGAGCCAGGAGUCCUUGAGCCUGCAGGACGAGUGCCGGGUGUUGCGGAGGAGCAGCGUGGACGAGAGGGGCCGGCUGGAGGAGAUGUGCAACUCCAAGACGCAGGCUUUGUGGGAAGAGGUGGAGGUGCUCAGGGCUGAAAAGCUCAAGCUGACAGAAGAGUUCAACCAGAAUAUCUGCAGCCUGAAGGCCGUCCAUGAGGAAGAGCAGGAGGUCCUGAAGAGAUCUCUGCAGCAGUCAGUGACUGAAACACUGAAACAGUGGCAGCAGCGGGAGCUGGAGCAGAGGAAAGCCCUGCAGGCUGCCCUGCAGCAAAAGCUGAAGAGAAUGGAGGGGGAACUCGAGGUUAAAGGUCAGAGGUUAAAUGACUGCAAGAGGCAUUCGGUCAAACUACAGGAGAGUAUACAGGAAUUGGAAACGCAGCUUCAGGAAGCACGUUGCAAAAUGUCUGAGGCCGUCGCCAACAUGAGGAAAUCAGAGGAGGAGCUGUCAGUGGCUAAAGAGCGGCUCAUACUGCAGGAGAAUGAGAUACUGAAUAAAUCAGAGGCGCUGAUGAUUCACUGCUCAUCUCAGAACAAGGCGUCUGCUGAGGUGGAAGAGUCAAGAAAUCAGGUGUUGCAGUUUCAGAAGCGUAUCAGGGAGCUGGAGCAGAAGAGCAAUGGAAAGAACACUGAGCACGCCCAGCAAGUGAGACAGCAUGUGGAAGCUCUUACUGCACAGAAGCAGGACCUCCAGCAAACACACAAAGAAGAGCUCCGGAAAUGGAAGCGUCAGUCUGAUGAGGAGAAGACACGUUUGAAAGAGCAGCUGAUGAAGGCCUUGGAGGAGGUUAUGAGGAAACAUGCAGUGGAGCUCAAGUCAGUGCAGACUUCCCUGGAAACCGAGAGAUGGAAGACACAAAAGGAUCUCCAGACCGAAGUGGAAGAGUCCAAAAAGAGAAUGGAGAAUGAGAGACAACAGCUGGAGAAAGUGAAAGAUGUCCUUUCCAGCAAACUCCAGGAAUCCAUCAGUGAGGUUUCCACACUAGAGAGUCUAAUGCAGCAAAGUGCUCACUCCAGCAAGUCCAGCGAGAGGCUGAGCAAAGAGCUGGAUGAGACCCGCCUCACUAUCUCUGAGUUAAAGGAGGAAUUGGAGCAACAAAAAGAAAAACAUCAAAAAGAGAUAUCAGAUUUGGAAAUGGAAAACCAAAAAAAUAGAGACCAGAUUUUAGGACAGGUCAAAGCAAAAUAUAAAGAAAAAACAAGGCUUGAAUGUGACCGGCUUUGCGAGCGCUUAAAGAAAGAACAUGCAGAAAAACAGCUCUCUGCUCUGAAUCACAUGCAGAAAGAGAAAGAGACUGAAAUCCAGAAGAUCAAUGAGGAAUGGCGAAAGGAAACUGAAGCACUCCAAUCGCAGCACGGUGAACAGAAGCUUGAAUCAAACCAGCUGUUGUCCCAAGAUGCUUUGCAGGAACUUGAGGCUCAGUUCACCAAAGAAAAGGAAAAACUGAAGCAGGAACUUCAGGACAGUAUUGAACUGAACCGAAACUUGAAAUUCCAGCUGGAUGCAGCAAAUCAACAGAUACUAAAAAAGGAUGACAACAACACAAACCAGGAGCUGAAGGAGGCUGAGGAGCGUCUGCAGAAACAGCAUGAAGAGAAGAUCCGGGAGGAGCAGCAGAGCCACAGGCUGGCCCUACAGUCUCUGGAAGAGAAGGCUGGCAAGGGGAUACUGGCUGAGAGACAAUGUAUGGAGAAGCAGCAGAUAUCUCUCCUGGAAACUCAGAAAGUGGAGCUGACACAACAGCAUGCAGGCUGGUGCCGACAGGUGGCUCAGAGACACAUGAAGCAGAUUGAAGACCUGCAGACCGAGCUCAGCACUCUGAGAGAGUUAAACAUGCAGCAGCAGCAGCAGCAGGAAGAAGGGCAACAGAAUCAGUUUCAAGCCUUAAGGCACCAGCUAGAGGAGUAUCAGAGUGUUGUAUGCAGCCUGAGGAAGGAGAACGCACAUUUGAAAGAUCAGCUGGCUUCACUCAGCUCUGAGGUGGAGUUCAGGAAGCAGGAGGUCUUUCAGCUCCAAAACACUGAGGAGCAACAGAGAAGGUCCAUAGAGGAUGACCUUGUCACCAGGCAUCACAGAGAGCUGGAGUCUUUGAAACAGGAACAGAGGAAGGAGAUUCAAACCAUUGUGUCUGACUUCAGCAGUGCUCAGACCCGUCUCCAAGCAAGAAUAGUCUCCUUGGAAACAGGAAUAAAGGAGAAUGAAGAAAAGUCCAAAAGACGAGAAUCUAGACUGGAGGAUUUACAUGUGAUAGGGAAACUCCAGGAAAAAGUCAGCGUGAGAGACCAUAUUAUCAAACGACUUGUGGAAGAGCGCAAAUGUCAACAGCUUCCUCAGGUGCACAGCGAUGAUGUCAUCAUGAGAGGAUAUGAAAACCGACCACAGCCAGGAAGUUUAACUCCAACACUCAAGAAAAAGAGAUCAGAAGGAACGCCCCCUCGUGUAAUCAGUGUUCCAAACCUUCGCUCCUAUGAGAAAAGCUUCCUGGGAAGUGAACCAAAUCCAGUGAAAAGGUCUCCCCAGGCAGUACAGUCUCCCAAUUCUGACCAUGGCACGAGUGUGUGCAGACCAUUCAAUCCAUCAGCACACGUUCCUGAGCUGAAACCCACAAGGAGCCCAGUGGAAGAGGAACGCCAAGACCCCCAACGUCAAGAGUGGUUUACGAAAUACUUUUCUUUCUAAGAAUUAUUGUACUUGCACACAAAGGCACGUGUGAAUUGGAUGAAAUCUCUCAGAAAUGUUUUUAUAAAACAAUCAUAUAUAGUAUUUACAUGAAUAUGAACUCUAAUCUGAAAAAAAUAUUGUAUUUCGGUAUAAUAAAAUAUAAAAUGCACAAUGCUUUGGUUGCAGUGACAGUUGUGAAAUAAAAGGCACUAU